AUGUUACAAGGAGCCGAAGUGGACCCACGCCUUGCGUGGGUCGCGGAGCAAAUCCGCAACAACAUGUACGGCGUGACUCCCGCCUCGUUCGAAGAUCUCUUCCUCGAUGCGCAGGGCGUGCGCACCAUCUUAGAAACCUUCGAGGACCUCGACAGCGCCCUGCGGGUCUCCUUUGUCAUUGUGGCCCGCGAGAAGGAGUACGUGGGGGCGCUGGGCAGUGCGGUCCCUUUCCUCGCUGCGACACCGGGGAGCCGCCUUCACGACGGCGGGCACACGGCGCAGAAGCUGCGUGUGUCCUCCGGCGUGGUGCACAACGCGAAUAUCACCUGCUCCGCCCUCUCCGUGCCCGACCACAGCCGCUGCCUCUACUUUGUCCGGACGGACCACAUCGACAUCUCCGCCGAGGCCGCCGCAGAUUGGGCAACGAACCCCGCCAACCCGAUCCACUCCGCCUUUGAGAUGUCGGGCAUGCCAGUGCCGUCGCUGAACUCCUUUUACGUACUGCUCAUGGACGUCUUCGAGCCAGUGCUGCAGGACAUGGAGCAGGCUGCGGGCAAGCGGAAGACACUGAUGGCGCUUGCGGUAAACGGCGGGGCGAACGGUUCUCCCGCGCCGCCGGAUGCGGAGGCCGCCAGCGGAGGUGGUGCCAUCAGCGUCAGCACCGACGCGGCUGCGGAUGGCGUCACGGCGAUCGGGAACAGCCGCCAGCUCUACAGCGAGAUCCACCUCUGGAUCAACCGUCUUGGCACGCAGCUUGGUGGUUUCAUGGACCAGGUCAGCGCCGAGCGCAAGCUCCCCAUUCCGCAGGAGUUAUACGCGCUGGAGGACACGGAGUCCGAGCUGCAGGCGGCACUCGGCAACAGGGACGUCUUGCGCCAGGUGGACGCGACCGUGUCGCAGUGGCAGGCCGAGAUCAGUUAUGCCAUGUCACUCGAGCCACAAAAGGAGGGUCCGCUGGGCGAGAUCGAAUACUGGCGCGAGCGCUACAGCACGAUCAGCGCCCUGUACGAGCAGCUGAACUCAUCACAGGCCAGGUUUGUGUUGAAGGUGGCAAAGGAGGGGGAGUGCACGUCGGCCACCAUGAUCGCCUCGACGAUAACGCAGUUCUUUCGCAUGUACGCAGAGGCCAAAGACAACGUCAAAUUUCUUGGCACCCUCGACCGCCACUUCCGCACUCUGAACUCCAUCGACCCAAAGAACGGCUCGUUGCAGCCCCUCAUUGACACGAUCUCCCCGAUGGUGACGGCGCUGCGCAUGGUGUGGAUCAUCUCCCGUUACUACUCCACCGAGGAGCGGAUGGUGGGGCUGCUGGAGAAGAUUUCGCGGCUCAUCGCGCAGAAGGUGAGUGAGCACAUCGACUUUCGCACCGUGCUGGGACUGCCUCCGGAGGAGACGAAGGCGAAGGUCCAGGCGGGACAACAGUGCUUGCUCAAGUGGAAGGCCGUGUACAAAUUUGUGCAGGCGGAGAUCAACAACUCCGAGAGCGAACAGCACUGGACCUUUGACGAGCGCCGCCUCUUCGACGUUACCGACUACAUGUCGGACCGCUGUAUUGACCUGCUCGAGGUGAUCGAGACGGUGGAGUACUACACAACCGUUCUCAGCGCACAGCUGAAGACGGUGCUCACCGACACCACCAGCAUCGAGCGCAUUUUGAAGGACGUUGAAAAGCUGAAGCGCCCUUUCGAAACGCUAACUUUCGACCCCUUCGAGAAGCGGGCGACGCACAACUGGCAGGUCGUCUUCUCCGGCUUUUUGACUGCUGUCACCAGCCUCGACCACGAGGUGUCCCUCUUCAUCAACCGCAUCUUCGACGACGACCUGCGCAGCGCGGAGUCAGCCUUUGAGUUGCUCGUGUCCUUCAAGAAGAUCCGGCGGCGCCCCGACCGCACCGGCAACUCGCUCGACAUCUCAGCCCUGCUGUCCGAAAAGGCCGACCGCAUUCUGGCGCAGUUCUUCGCCGAGAUCGAGAACGUGCAGCGCAUCUUCCAAGAGAACAAAGACCACCCGCCACUCACGAAGAACCAGCCGCCGGUGGCCGGCUCGAUUCACUGGAGCAUGUCCCUCUUCCAGCGUCUCAAGAAACCGAUUCUGCGCUUUCAGCACGAGGGUAUGCUGAAGACGGCGAUGGGCCAGCAAGUCAAGGCGAAGUACGUGGAGACGUCGCGGCAGAUGAAGGAGUACUCCACCGCGCGCUUCCUGCAGUGGCGGGAGCAGGUGCGAGUGCCGGCGCCGGCCUCACUCAAGUGGAAUAUACUGCGCGCGGAGUCGGACGGGACGUACAAGGUCAACUUCAACUGGCAGAUCUUCGACAUGAUUCGCGAGACCAAAUAUUUGGAUCGGCUUGGGUUUGAGAUGCCGAAGGAGGUGCUGCACAUCACGUUGCAGGACGAGGCCUACCACGGCUACGUCGACGCGCUGAAUGGGAUGCUGGUCAGUUUCAAUUACGAGCUGGGCGCCCUUGCCGGGCCGGAGCUGGCGAUUCUGGCCGCGGAAGUGCGCGAGCUUAAGCAGGCGCUGGAGCCGGGAUUUCACGACAUUAACUGGACGAGUCUCUCCAUUCCUGAGUUCGUGAACAACUGCCAGCGGGCCAUCACCAAGUUCCGCAACUUGAGCCGCGAGGUCCGCAAGAGCGCGGAUGGGCUGCAGACGCAGGUGGUGCACGCGAUCGCCUCGACGCGGCUGAUGCCCGAGUACGAGGAGCUGCUCCAGGCGGGUGGCGAGCUGCCGGAGCUGCAGACGCUCGUCGACAUCAUGGAGCACCGCCGUGUGGACCAGCUGGAGCGCUGCAUGCGUGCCUACCGCACCGCCAAGCCGCUGCUCACCAAGAUGGAGAGUCAGCUAGUCGGCACGCACACUGGCAAGUGCACCAUUCUCGCUUCGUACUACAGCCACUGGGAAGUGCGCAUUUGGCGGGCGCUGACGCAGAUGGUGCUGCGGUCGCUCGCCACCUUUGCGAAGCUCGUCGGCUACACGACCUCGUCGCGCAGCUAUGCUCGUCGGCCCCCGCUCUUCAAGGUCACCGUGCUCCUGACCAGCGAGCCGACCUACACGCCGCAGCAGCAGGAGAUCACAACCGCGUUUCACAAGAUUCAGUCCGGCAUCAUCGAGACGACAAAGCACUUCCAGCGGUGGAUGCGUGGGACCUGUUUGGAGUUCACGCAGGGUGAGAUCAUUCCCCGGCCCGCCGAGGAAGACUACGCGACCCUGUUCACCUACUACCAGGACAUCUGCGGCCUCCCGCAGGUGUACAAGCUCCAGGCGCUGAUUAACCGCACCAUUCAGACCCACCUCGGCGCGCUGGCGACCAACAUCAAGAUGCUGCAGCGCUACCGCUUUGUCUUUUUGGCGGACAAGAAGAUCUCGGUUGAACAGCAGGCGAAGAGUCAGCUGCAGUGGAUCGAUUACGAUGCGAAGUUUCAGCUGUACUUCAACAUGAUCCACGACUUCGACGAGGAGAAGCACAUCAACGACUUUGGAUUCAUGCGGUGCGACGAGACACCCUUCUACACGGAGCUGGUGGACCAGGUGUACCAGUGGGUCGCGAUGGAGGGCGCGCAGCUCAACGACACAGUGCGGGCGCGCAUGACGGCGAUGUACAAUAACAUCCGCAAAAUCAACGAGGACCUGGCGCGGCCGUGCGACAACAUCGCCGACCUGAAGGCGGUGCUGGAGGUGAUGCACAGCGCCCGCACGUCCUCGCUGACGGUGGAGCAGGCGAUCAAAGAAAUGGAAUAUGUAUAUAGUUCUCUCCAACACUUUGGCGUCGCCCUGGAUCCCGAGGAGGUGAAACUGGCGAUGAGUCUGCAGGACAUGUGGUCGUGCUCGCUGGCACGGGUGCACCAGACCGGCGUCGCGCUGGAGCCGCGCAAGGUGCAGUUCCGUGAGCUGACCGUGAAGGAGGUGGAGAAGUUUUUGAACGAGGGGGCGAAGGUGCUGGGCGAGUUCCGCCGCUCCGGCCCUGGACGCGCGGACAUAGACCUGGCGGAGGGCAACGAGUCGAAGAAGCAGUGGCGGCAGCGCCUGACGGAGCUGCAGGUGCGGCGCGAGCAGCUCACAAAGGCGGAGAAGCUCUUCGAUCUCCCCCUGACGAGUCACACGUCGCUGCAGCAGCUGAACGAGGAACUGGCCAAGAUCGAGACGGUGUACGACCUGUACGAGCAGUGGAUGGGCGACCUCCGCCGGUGGAACCGCAGCAGCUGGAAGGAUCUCCUGCUGCCCGACCUGGAGGCCACCACGGAGGAGCGGGCGAAGCAGGCGCGCAUCCUCAGCAAGCACUACGGCACCGUGGAGCCGUUCCCCGGCGUGCAGCAGCUCAUCAUCAACUUCCAGAACUCGCUACCGCUGCUCGCGAAGCUGAAGAGCCCGGCGUUGAAGGCGCGGCACUGGACGGAGCUGAUGCGGGCCACCGGGAAGGACUUCAACUACGAACAAAUCAACCUCGACGAGCUCAUCGCGAUGGAGCUCUUCCGCUUCAGCGACGAGGUUGACCACGUUGUGCUGGCCGCAGCACGCGAGCAGGGCAUCGAACAAGAGAUCCGCGCCAUCAAGCAGUACUGGGCGGAGAGGAGCUUCUCGCCCGUGCCGUACGCCCCGCGCAAGGGGCAUCCGCGGUGCGACGUGCUGACGGACACGAGCGAGAUUCAAGAGGCCGUCGACGACAACACGCUCAAGAUGCAGUCCAUCGCGAACGUCAAGUGGGCGCAGCCCUUCAUCGACGAGGUGAAAAUGUGGGAGCGGCGGCUGUCGAUCAUGAGCGACGUGCUCUCGGUCUGGGUGACGGUGCAGCUGAAGUGGCAGUACCUGGAGUCCAUCUUCAAAGGCAACGAGGAUAUCGUGCAGCAGCUGCCGAAGGAGGCGGCGAAGUUCAACGACCUCGACAAGAAGUUUGUGCGCAUUAUGAACGAUACGAGCGCCGCGCCAAACGUAAGCCAGUGCUGCAACGUGGCCGGUCGGCUGGAGGAGCUGCGCUACCUCGAAGAGAAGCUUGAGGAGUGCCAGAAGGACUUGUCGAAUUACCUAGAGACGAAGCGCCGUCUCUUUCCCCGAUUCUACUUCAUCUCGGACGACGAGCUGCUUUCCAUCCUCGCCACCAGCAGCGCCAAGGCGGUGCAGGACCACAUGCUGAAGAUGUUCGACAACUGCGCCCGGCUGAUUUUCAAGAGCGAGCGGGAUGAGACGAUCUGCGGCGUGGAGUCGCAGGAGGGGGAGCGGCUGGACUUUGGCACGGUGGUCAAGACGGAGGGCCGGCCGGUGGAGGAGUGGCUGCAGGCCGUCCUUGACGAGUCGAGGCAGACGCUGCACGACAUCCUCAAGGCUGGUGUCUUCUACUACCCCAAGAUGCCGCGGCUGGAGUGGGUGAAGCAGUAUCACGGAAUGGUCACCCUGACCGGCGCGAAGAUCUUCUGGACCUACGAGGUGGAACACGCGUUUGAGCAGCUCAAGAAAGGCAAGCGCAGCGCCGUCAAGGAGCUAUCCGGGGCCCUCAGCCGCCAACUCAUCGACCUCGUCGCGGAGAUGGACAAGGACAUGGAGAAGCAGUACCGCAAGAAGAUCAACACCCUGAUCAUCGUCGACGUUCACGGGCGCGACAUUGUGGAUCGCUUCGUUCGGGACUCCGUUACCGACGCCAGAGAGUUUGAUUGGGAGUCGCAGCUGCGCUUCUACUGGGAGCGCGCGGUGGACACGUGCACGAUUGCGCAGUGCACCGGCCGCUUCAACUACGGCUUCGAGUACAUGGGGCUGAACGGGCGCCUCGUGAUCACCCCGCUCACGGAUCGCUGCUUCAUGACGCUCACGCAGGCGCUGACCUUCUGCCUCGGCGGCGCGCCGGGCGGUCCGGCCGGUACGGGCAAGACGGAGUCGGUGAAGGACCUGGCCAAGGCCAUGGCGAUUCAGUGCGUCGUCUUCAACUGCGGUGAGGGCCUCGACUACAAGGCGAUGGGGACCAUCUUCUCGGGACUGUCACAGGCCGGCUCGUGGGGAUGCUUCGACGAGUUCAACCGCAUCGAGCUGCCGGUGCUCUCCGUCGUGUCCGAGCAGCUGCGCUCGAUUCAGGCCGCGCUGCGUGCCGGCGACAAGGAGUUUCUGUUUUGCGACAGCGUUAUCCGGCUGGUGCCGACCGUCGGCACGUUUAUCACCAUGAACCCGGGCUACGCCGGUCGUGUGGAGCUGCCCGACAACCUCAAGGCACUCUUCCGCCCGGUGGUGAUGGUGGUGCCGGACAUGGAGCUGAUCGCGGAGAACAUGCUGUUCUCCGAGGGCUUCACGACCGCGCGCGAGCUGGCGCGCAAGAUGGUGACGCUGUACUCCCUCGCGAGGGGGCAGCUGUCGAAGCAGCACCACUACGACUGGGGCCUGCGCGCACUCAAGGCGGUGCUGGUGAUGGCCGGUCAGCUGAAGCGCGGCUCGCCGGAGCUGUCGGAGGAGUCGGUGCUCAUGCGGGCUCUGCGUGAUAUGAACGCGCCGAAGUUCAUCGCGCAAGACGAGCCGCUUUUCAAAGGGCUGAUGGGCGACCUCUUUCCGGGUCUUGACCCGACCCGUGUGCCGCAGGAAAACCUCGCGAAGGCGAGCACGAACGUGCUGAGGGAGUGCGGCUUUCAGAUCAAUUCGAAGCAGAUCGACAAGGUGGUGCAGCUGUACGAAACCAUGCAGACGCGACACACGUCGAUGGUGGUGGGCCCCACCGGCGGCGGCAAGUCGACGGUGAUUGACACGCUGUGCAAGGCGCAGACGGAGCUCGGCCUCCCCACCAAGUCCUUCGUGAUCAACCCGAAGGCGCAGCCCACGUCGGCGCUGUACGGCAUGAUGGACCCGAUGACGCGCAACUGGACGGAUGGCAUUUUCUCGAACAUAUUCCGCAACAUCAACCGGCCCGCCGAGGGCACGCAGCGCGAGCGGCGCUAUGUCAUUUUUGACGGCGACGUGGAUGCGAAGUGGGUGGAAGACAUGAACUCCGUGAUGGACGACAACAAGCUUCUCACGCUGCCAAACGGCGAGCGUAUUCGCCUGCACUCGCAGUGCUCGCUGCUCUUCGAGGUGGGCGACCUGCAGUAUGCUUCUCCUGCGACCGUGUCUCGUGUGGGCAUGGUGUUCCUCGACCCUAUUAACCUUGGUUGGCGGCCGUACAUGCACGCGUGGAAGCUGACGCGGCCGCGCGACGAGCAGGAGACACUGGAAGAGCUCGUAGAGCAGUUUGUGCCCCCCCUCAUCGCCUUCAUCUUGGAUGGCACGACGAAGGAGGCGACGCUGUCGACGCCGCCGAAGCUUGUGAUCCCGACGCAGGCGCUGAACAUGGUGAGGCAGCUGACAACGAUGCUGCACACCGUCUCGCCAAGCGCCACCUCGCUGGAGCCCCGCACGCUGCAGGCGGUCUUCAUCUUCGCCUGCGUGUGGAGCUUCGGUGCCCUCAUCAGCACCCCGGCGGACCGCCUCCGCUUCGACACGCUGCUGAAGCGGCUCAGCGGGUGGUCGCUGCAGGACGUUGGCGACAACUUCCUCACGCGCUUCGUCGGCUCCGGCUCGCUGCCGGAGAAGCGCACCCUGUACGACUACUACUUCGACCUGCAGGACAGCCGCUGGAAGCCGUGGAACGUGCUGGUGAAACCGUUCGUGCGCACGCCCGGGCAGCCCUUCAGCUCGCUGCUCGUCUCGACUGUCGACACAGAGCGCAACAUGUGGCUGCUGAACAAGAUUGUGCUGAACCGCACCCCGGUCAUGUUCGUCGGCGAGAGCGGCACUGCCAAGACGGUGACAAUCCAGUCAUACUUGCAGCUGCUGAAGUGGCGGUCUCUGCAUGGUGACGACAAUAACACGGAGGCUAGUGGCGAGACGCUGGACAACGACGAGGACGUGCAUCUGGAGGCGAUGCUGCUCGAGAUGAACUUCAGCUCCCGCACCACCUCGCUCGAUGCGCAGCGCACGAUGGAGGACAACAUCGAGAAGCGCACCAACACCGUCCUCGGCCCCCCCGCCAAGAAGCGGCUCAUUGUGUUUGUGGACGACAUCAACAUGCCCAAGGUGGACCUGUACGGCACGCAGCAGCCCAUUGCCUUCCUGAAGCUGCUCAUUGAGCACAACUCGUGGUACGACCGCAAGGACCUGCUCUUCAAGAGCGUACGGGAUACGCAGUUCGUUUCGGCCAUGGCGCCGCCCGGCGGUGGCCGCAACGCGCUUGAUCCUCGCUUCGUCUCCCUCUUCACCGUCUUCAACAUUCUCUUUCCCGAGGAUGAGUCGAUCCACACCAUUUAUCAGCAGAUUCUCGCGGACGCGUACAAGACGAUGCCGGUCGAGGAGGGCUUUUCAACCAUCAUCACGUCGAUGACGCUGCAGCUCUAUCAAGAGCUCGUCACUGCCCUGCCUGCGACGCCGGCCAAGUUCCACUACAUCUUCAACCUGCGCGACCUGUCGCGCGUGUACGAGGGGCUGUGCCGCGCCACGCCUGCGAAGUUCCCCACACCCGGCUCGAUGGUGCGUCUGUGGCGAAACGAGGUGACGCGGGUGCUGGUGGACCGCAUGGCGGACGAGGACGACAAGGCCUUUGUGUGCGAGAUCAUUGAGAGGCAGGUGUUGCAGAACUUUCCAAAAGAUCAGGCAGCCAUCCUGGCAGACCCACUCUUGCUGGGCGACUUUGGCGACUUCGAGCCCGACAGCUCCUUUGACCCACUGCACAUCUACGAAGACUUUGGCCCGUCCUACAGCCGCCCUCGUGAGCUCGUCGAGGCGAUCAUGGAGGAGAUGAACACCCCCGUCAAAAAGAUCGACUUGGUGAUGUUCGACAUGGCGCUGGAGCACCUGCUGCGCAUCACACGUGUCCUCUCGUUGCCGCGCGGACACUGCCUGCUCGUCGGCGUGGGUGGCAGCGGGAAGCAGUCCCUAACGAAGCUGGCCGCCUCGAUCUGCAAGAUGGGUGUCUUCGAGAUUGUCCUGGCGCGCAACUACGGCGAGGACGCCUUCCGCGAAGACCUCAAGAAGCUCUACCAGCGCGUGGGUGUGCAGCGGGAGAAGAUGAUCUUUCUGUUCAUGGACGGACACGUCAAGGAGGAGGGCUUCCUGGAGCACAUCAACAACCUGCUGGCCUCCGGCAUGGUGCCGGCGCUCUUCACCGAAGAAGAGAAGGAGCCCCUGUACACGAGCGUGGCGGAGGAGGUCGAGGCGGCCGGUCUCGCGCCGUCGAAGGACAACAAGUGGACCGCCUUCAUCGCACGCUGCCGCGACAACCUGCACGUGGUGCUUUCCAUGAGCCCGUCCGGCGACGCCCUGCGCACUCGCUGCCGCAACUUCCCCAGCCUCAUCAACAACACGACCAUCGACUGGUUCCAGAAGUGGCCCGCGCAGGCGUUGGAGGCGGUGGGCCGGAAAGUCCUUGCGGAGGAGACGCUGCCGGAGGAGCUGCGCACACCGAUUGUGGAGCACAUGGUGCUGGUACACCUGACGGCCGACAAGCUGUCGAGUCAGUACCAGAACGAGCUGAAGCGGCACAACUACGUGACACCGAAGAACUACCUCGGCUUCCUGGCGAACUACGCGAAGCUGCUCGUGACGCGGCGCGAGGACAUUGAUGACCUGGUCAAGAAGUUCACCAUCGGCCUGGAGAAGCUGCAGCACGCCGAGUCGGAGGUGAAGGUGAUGAAGGAGGAGCUGGCUGAGAAGGAGAUUACGCUGCGCGAGAAGCAAGAAAUCAACGGCAAAAUGACGAACGAGAUCAAGGAGCAGAAGCAGACGAACGAGACACGCAAGGAGGAGUCGCUGAAGAUGGAGGAGGAGCUGAACAUUCAGAACGCUGAAAUCGAGAAGGAGUCGGCCGAGGCGCAGGUGGUACUGGAGCAGGCGAUGCCGGCCCUGGCUGAGGCGAUGGAAGCUGUCCGGCACAUCGAUCCGAAGAGUAUCACGGAACUGCGGUCGUUUGCGAAGCCGUCGGUGAACGUGGUGGCGGUGGUGCGCAUGGUGUGCGUCGUGAAGGGCGUACCGGCGACGUGGGAGUCGGGCAAGAUCAUGAUGGGCCAGGCGGACUUCAUUCGCUCGCUGGUGGACAUCGACACCCUCACCCCGACGCUGACGCAGGCCAAGAUGAACGAGAUCAACAAGAUUCUGAAGGAGUUCCCGGUCAACUCGAACGACCUCAAGAAGGUCAGCAUAGCCGCCUCGGGCCUCAUGAUUUGGGUGGAGGCGAUGAAGCAGUACUGGAACGUGGCGAAGGAGGUGUUUCCAAAGCAGGAGCGCGUGCGCCAGCUGCAGAAGCAAAAAGAGACGGCGGAGCUGCAGCUGCAGGCCUGCCGCGACGAAAUCGACCGCCUGACAGAGAGCCUGCACCGGCUGGAGCAGCAGCUGGAGGCCGGCAUGGCCGAGGCGCGGCAGCUGCAGGAGGAGAAGCAAGUGAUGGAGCGCCGCCUCAACGCGGCCCACAAGCUCAUCGACGGCUUCAGCUCGGAGCGGAAGCGGUGGACGGAGGAGAAGGCGUCGCUGAGUGCGUCGCGCAGCCGCCUGGUUGGAGACUGCCUUGCCGGGGCUGCCUUUCUGUCGUACCUCGGUGCGUUCACCUAUCCCUACCGACAGGAAGCGCUGGAGAACAUGUGGCUGCCGGACCUGCGCGAGCGUGGCAUCCCGCUGACGGAGCGCUUCGAUGUGCGGCACCUUCUCACGGACGACGUGGCCGUCUCGCAGUGGGCCAGCGACGGCCUGCCCUCGGACGCGCUGUCGGUGCAGAACGGUAUUUUGACAUCGGUGAGCACCGACUACACGGGCAAAGGCAAGCGCUCCGGCAAGAUCCGCUUCCCCCUCUGCAUCGAUCCACAGAUGCAAGCCGUAAGCUGGAUCAAGCGGCAGCAUCAGGGCAACCCGCGCUUCGAGACCGCCACCUUCAGCGACCCCGACUUCUUGAAGAAGCUUGAGUUCUCCAUUCAGUAUGGCAACCCCUUCCUCUUCGAGAACGUGGACGAGUUCAUUGACCCGAUCAUCGACUCCGUGCUCGAUCCGCAAUUCCGCUACGAGUCCGGCCAGCGGCUCAUUCGCAUCGGCGACAAGGACAUCCCGUGGGACGACAACUUCAAGCUCUACUUGUGCACGAAGCUGCCGAACCCCAACUACGCCGCGGAGGUCUUCGGCAAGACGCUCGUGCUGAACUACGGCGUCACCGAGGACGGCCUUGAGGCGCAGCUGCUGAACUACGUAGUGGCGAGCGAGCGCAGCGACUUGCAGCGGCAGAGCGAAGAGCUGGUGCAGACGAUGGCGGAGAGCCGCGCACAGCUGAAGGAGCUGGAGGACACGCUGAUCCGCGAGCUGACGCUGGCCACCGGCAACAUACUCGACAACGACGACUUAAUUGCCACGCUCGGCAACACGAAGAGCAGCGCUACCGAAGUGGCGCAGAAGCUGCAGCAGGCGCAGAAGACCGCCCAGACGACGGAGGAGUCGCGCCAGCAGUACCGGCCAGUCGCGAAGCGUGGCGCGGUGUUGUACUUCAUCAUUUCACAGCUGUCGGCGAUCAACUCCAUGUACGAGUACUCCCUCUCCGCCUUCCUCUACGACGUUUUUGGCUACUCCAUCACCAAGAGCGACGCCUCUUUUGAGAUUCAGGACCGCCUGCGCAACAUCAUUCAGACGCUCACGUACAACUUAUACUCGUAUGUCUGCAUGGGCAUCUUCGCCAAGGACAAGCUGAUGCUGUCGUUCCAGAUGGCGGUGCGGCUGCUGGGUCAGGACGGCCGCAUGCUGCAGCACGAACUCGAGUUCUUCCUGCGCGGCUGCGUGCUCGCGUCGAAGAGCUUCCCGCCGAACCCGGCAACGUGGCUGACGGAGCGGCAGUGGAACGAUGUCUGCAAGCUCUCCACCAGCAUUGAGGCUUUUGAGCACCUCGCCGAGGACGUGGCGGAGCACCUGGAGGAGUGGCAGGCGUGGUCGGCGCUUGACCGACCGGAGGAGUCGGAGAGCAAUGCGAUUCCCUGCGGCUACUCUGCCAAGGUCAGCGAAUUCCAGAUUUUGUGCUUGCUGCGCUGCUUCCGGUCGGACCGCGUGUACGGCGCCGUCACCAACUUCAUCUCCAACUGCGACCUGCUGGGCGAGCAGUUCGUCGUGCCGCCGAUUCUGCGCUACAAGGAGGUGCUGGAGAAGAGCUCGUCCAUGUCGCCCAUCGUGUGCGUUGUCUCGCCGGGUGCGAACCCGACGGACGAAAUUGUGAAGCUCGCGACGAAGGAAGUCGGGCUGGACAAGCUGCGCUCUAUCGCGCUCGGACAGGGCCAGGGCGAUGAGGCGAUGAAGCUGGUGGAGGUGGGUGCGACGCGUGGCCACUGGGUGCUGCUGCAGAACUGCCACCUGCUCAGUGCGUGGAUGAAGGACCUGGAGAAGGUGAUGGAGAAGAUGGACGCCACGCAGGUGCACGAGCAGUUCCGACUUUGGCUGACGACCGAACCGAGCGCGCAGUUCCCGAUGGGCAUUCUGCAGCGGUCGCUGAAGGUGGUGAAUGAGCCGCCGAACGGGCUGAAGAUGAACAUGAAGAACACCUUCUCGAAGGUCACGGAGGACCAGCUGGAUGUGUGCCCGCACUGGGCCUUCCGCCCCCUCGUCUUCACCCUCGCCUUCUUCCACGCCGUGGUGCAGGAGCGCCGCAAGUACGGCAAGAUCGGCUGGAACGUGACCUACGACUUCAACGAGACGGACUUCUCGGUGUCGAUGCGGCUACUAGACACGUACUUGACCAAGGCGUACUUGAACAAGGACCCCCUGCCGUGGGACACGCUGCGCUACCUCGUCGGGGAAGCCAUGUACGGCGGCCGUGUGACGGACGGCAUGGACCGGCGCAUCGUCACGACGUACCUCGAGGAGUACUUCGGCGACUACCUCUUUGACACCUUCCAGCCCUUCCACUUCUUUGUAGAGAAGGGUGUGGUGGACUACUGCCUACCGCCCGGCAGCACGGACCCGGACAAGAAGGUCACGCUGACGCAGAUGGUGGCGCUGGUGGAUUCGUUCCCCAACACGAACGCGCCGGAUGUCUUUGGCCUGCACCCCAACGCCGAGACCGGCUACCUGCGGCACUCCACCGAGACGCUGUGGUCGAGCCUGAUGGAGCUGAUGCCGCGCGCCAGCGCCGUCGCCGUCGGAGAGGAGACUCGCGAGGUGAAGUUGACGCGGUUUACGGAGGAGAUCCUCGCACAGAUCCCGGAGCCGUUUGACAUAAAGGUCGUGUCGCGCAAGGAGGUGGAGCGGGCCGCGGCGAGCGGCUACGACGCCGUCCAGCCGACGCAGGUCGUGCUGCUGCAGGAGAUCGAGCGAUGGAACAUUCUUGUGAACGCCAUGACGACUUCGCUGAAGGAGCUGCAGAAGGCGCUGGCGGGUGUAAUUGGUAUGAGCGGGGAACUGGACGAGCUGGCCUCUGCGCUGGACAACGGCCAGCUGCCGCAGCCGUGGCGCCGCUACGCCCCCGCGACGCGCAAGAACCUCGGCCGGUGGAUGGCGCACUUUCAGCGCCGCUACAAGCAGUACUUGUCGUGGAGCAUGGACGGCGAGCCGAAGUGCAUGUGGCUCUCGGGGCUCAUGGUGCCCGACUCCUAUCUCUCCGCGCUGGUGCAAGUGACGUGCCGCAAGUACGUGUGGCCGCUCGACCGCUCCACCAUCAUGACCACCGUCACCUCCUUCGCCUCCGCGGACGAUGUGACGGCGGCCCCGGAGGACGGCGCGUACGUGAGCGGGUUUUUCCUGGAAGGUGCACGCUGGGAUUCGAGCACGCACGCCUUGGCCGCGCAAAUGAAGAAGCAGCUGAUUGCGGAGAUGCCGGUGUUGCAGAUCGUGCCGACGGAGUCGUCGCGAGUGAAGACGGUGGGCACCUUCAAGACGCCGGUGUACGUGAACGGCGAUCGUCGCAACGCUGCCGGUGUGGGCCUAGUGUUCAUGGCUGACUUGCCGUCAAAAAUGCACCCCUCUUUGUGGGUGUUGGAGUCGGUGGCGCUGCUGCUGGACUCUGAUGAUUGA